AUGAGAGGAGUCAUUAAGUGGAUCAGCAUCAGCUGUGCCAGCUCGUCACACAGCUGCUGCUUCAUUUGCAAGUUUAUAUGGAAGCGGAUAUGUUUGUGUUUUGUUAUCUUUGAUGAAGCAGCUUUACAAACCAAGCUGAGUUCACUGUUGAGCUUCAGCAGCAAAUAUGUUUGCUUGAGUUGUCUGGUUUCCACAUUGUUUUGGUAGUUAUUUUUGUUUUGUAUAAUAGUAGGAUCCCCCCUACAUGUGUUUUAUUAUCUGAAGAGUUUUUUUUUUUUUAAAUACAAGUUUGAGUUUUCUGUGCUUGGCACGUGAGUCACCAUGAAGGAGGAAAUUGCUGCUGCUGUAUUUUUUGUGGCUCGGCUGGUGAAGCGAUACGGCUGUCUGAACAAUGAGAGCAGGGAACGCUUUGCUGCUGUUCUCACCUCCCUUCUGUUUGAGAACUACAAGAACCACUGGCACCCAAGUGCACCCACCAGGGGUCAGGCCUACAGGUGUCUGCGUAUGAACCGCGUUCGGCUGCAGGACCCGUUGCUGCAGCAGGCCUGCGAGCGGAGCAGCGUGAGGUACGAGGACCUGGGCCUGCCCCAGGAGCUGACGGUUUGGGUUGACCCUGGAGAGGUGUCCUGCAGGUACGGUGAACACAGCAGUCCAUUCUGCGUCUUGGUGGUGGACCGCUGCCAGCGUGGUGAUGGGGAAUUGUCCCGCCGCAUCCAUGAAGCCGUGGAGCGUGCAAGUCUUGAGGUCCCAUCAGGAAGCUCCUCAGAUGAGGAGGAAGAGGGGGUUGGAGACAGCAGCAUGAGCACGAGCAGCUGCAGUCUUUCAACUCUCUGCCCUGCUCCAAUCCCACCCACAAACGGGGAACCCAAAACCAUCCCGACAGUCAGCAACCCCAACAGUGUUUACAGGUUCAGCGAGUUCUCUCCAGGUGCUCCUCAGACCUGGCUGAGGGAGAAGCGGAAGGCUUUUCUUGGAGAUGUGUUCCUGCCUCAUAUUCCCCCUCCUGGAGGUCCUCCUUCCCAGUUCCCAAGUCAGAAAGGCUUCAGAUCUUAUCGAGCCACAUUCACCUUCACGGGGCCUCGUGUUGACAAGUACCACUGGGUCAGCAAAUCCCGAUCCUAGCCUUCAACCUAGAAACCAGAAUCUGGUUACUUCUUGGAACAGGAGCCCUGAAGCUGGAUUUAGGCCACAGACUUUGUAUAUCUUUAAAGGAUAAGCUUAUUUGUACAAGAUUUAAAGUAAUGCUGUUUAAGUAUGUUUUUAAGCUUUGAAAAU